AGCAGAGCAUAACCUUGAGUCAUCGAGGAAAAACCCUCAGAAAUUUUGGGGAAAAUACAGAAGUAGAGAGAGAAAGUAAGAGAGAGAGAGAGAGAGAUGGAUCCGAAAAUCACCGAGGUGUCGCAAGUCUUCGAGCGAUUCAAAGCGGCAUUUGUACGGAAGGAUUUUGAUACUUGUACCAGCCUACUCUCCCAGCUCAAGGUUUUACUGACGGGUUUCAAGAGUUUACCUCCAUUAUUUGAAGAAACACCAAAUGCCAUCCAUGAAUUAACACUAGCAAGGGACAUAUAUGAGCAUGCAGUUGUUCUCAGUGUGAAGACUGAGGACCAGGAUGCUUUUGAGAGGGACUUUUUCCAACUGAAGCCUUACUAUACAGAUUCUCGUGGUCGUCUCCCACCGUCCCCCCAGGAGUAUCCCAUUUUAGGUCUUAACCUCCUGAGGCUCCUAGUGCAAAACAGAAUUGCUGAAUUCCACACUGAGUUGGAGUUACUUUCUCCUAGUGCUUUGGAUAAUCCUUGUAUCAAGCAUGCAGUUGAACUGGAGCAAUCCUUCAUGGAAGGAGCUUAUAACCGCGUGUUGAGUGCUAGACAGACUGUACCUCAUGAAACAUAUGUUUAUUUCAUGGACUUACUAGCCAAGACAGUCAGAGAUGAGAUAGCUGGAUGCAGUGAAAAGGCUUAUGACUCUCUUUCAUUGAAUGAUGCUCGGCAAAUGCUGCUAUUUUCUUCAGACAAAGAAUUACUUGAAUAUAUUAAUGAGGAGCACCCUGAGUGGGAGAUCAAGAACGGGUCUGUCUUUUUCCAAAGAGCUAAAGAAUCAGUACCUUGCAAGGAGAUCCCAUCUUUGCAGCUGAUCAACCAGACACUCAGUUACGCAAGAGAGUUGGAGCGAAUUGUGUAACGGAUGUGCCUUCCCCCUAAUAUUUGUUCUUCCUUCUGUUUUUAAUCUUCUCAAGUGGUGUUGCUUUCAUGGAGGUUUCUUAACUAGCAGGAUAAUGGUGAUGGAAAUUAUUUCAUAGUUGAUGAAGAAAAUCACUGUGUAUUCACUCGGUCAUUUUCAGAACUGGCUGGCUGGAAGUACUACAUUUGCUUUAAUUAAUUCUUCAAACUGUGGUACCAUUGAUCAGCUGCCUUCUUAUUUUGCCCAAGAAUACCUCUUUUAGUCCCAAGAGGAGCUAAAAGAGCUCCGUGCCCCUUUAAUGUCUCUAUGAAGUAUAUAAGGAAGUUGCUAGUGAAAAUAUUGAGUUGGUGUUAUUUUA